AUGACUCGGACCAAUGGCCCAGCUCCAGACUCACCACCAGCUCCUUCGAAACAAGACGACGACGAUGAUCCCUUCGCCCAUCUUCUCAUUGUCUCAGGCCCAAUUCUGCCUCGUUGCAGUCCAAUCUUUACCGCAAAACAGCACCACCUCUGUGCAAUGGCGGCCGCAAGCCCCAGCGAGAGCUUUACACCGAGCUCCGUCCAGGGCAGCCACGUCGUCCCCAUGAUGGCCCCCAACGAGAAGAAUGUCAGCAGGAUCCCGCCCAUCCUGCCGCGUGAGAGAGUCUUCCCAAUCCAGAUUGGCAGCGAACUGUUCAAACUAUCCGGCGCAUCGCUCUCUUCAGAUGCACCAUCCUACUUUUCGCAAUACUUUCUCUGCCAGAUCAAGCAAGCCGAGGAGCACGGGGAGGACGUGGCAGGUGCCAUACGCACCUUGUACAUUGAUCGCGACCCAGUGACGUUUCGCGACAUCGCGCUCCAUCUACAGGGCUACCACGUCAUGCCUCGCGACGGCAAGCAUUUCGUGCGCCUCUUUGCCGAUGCGCAAUUCUACAGCCUCCCCAAGCUCAUUUCCCGGCUCUACGAAGAGAGCAUCUUCAUCUCCAUCGGCCACCGAGAAUUCCAAAUCCCGCGCGACCUCCUGACCGACCCGCGCAACUCACCAAACUACUUCUCCCUCGGCUUCGCCUUCUUCUUCUCCCGCCCGGACAACCUCUUCCCCGGCCUCGACCGCGAGGGCCUCAUCCGCCCGCCGUCCAUCCUGCCACCGUCAGUGCCGAACCGCAACGCCGACACCUUCGCCGACCUCCUGCGCCUGCUGCGCGGGUAUCCCGUCAACAUCCGCGACGAGACGCACCGGCGCGAGCUCCUCCGCGACGCCCGAUACUUCCAUUUCAAAGGCCUGGAGCAGCAGCUCCUCCCGCAUUCGAUAGCGUACAACUCGAUCCGCGGCCACGACGAAAUCACCCUGCGCCUAGAAAACGUCCAAAAGAGCGGCCUCGGCAUUCUCCAGGAUCGCCAGGCAGACGACCACGGAGACGACCGUGGCCUGGACGCGAGCGUCGUCUACGCGCGGCCCUACAUCGACGACAAGCCUGCCGAGCUGGUUCUCGAGAUGGCCAACGAGUCGAGCAGAAUCCAUUUCCUCCGCGACGGCCCUCGGCUCGAGCUUUUCAGGGACACAAAGGCCCGCGUCGCCAAGCUGCUCGAGGUCAUUGCCGCCAAGCUAAACCUGCCGCCCACUACGCAGCCGCUCGGCCUGCCGAUGGCAUCCGGCGGCGCCUCAUCCCAGGCCGCCACGCCGGGCAACACCCCUCUGAGCGAGGACCUGGUCCGCGCCGUGCUGGGCCCCGACGCCGCCGUCACGCUUGACGGCGAGGACCUCGACGCCGGCUCUAGCGGCGGCGGUGUCCCCCAAGACGCAAAUGCCGGCGUCGACGCCAACGGCGACGAGGCCGCCCCGAGGAAACGCAAGAGGACCGCCGAUGCCAGAGUCAAGAGCGAGGAGUCGUGGGCCGUGGCCAGGGGCCAGUGGAGGCUAAGGAUACAGGCCACCGACGGCGGCAAGAGCGCCGCCGAGUGCGUCUUUGUCGCCGUGAGGCUAGACUGCUUCUCCGACGAGAGGGGCCGCAACUUUCGCAACAAGUUCCUGGCAUCGUAG